AUGCGCCACCGACUCGGCUGAGUUUAAUCACCCUCUUCUCUUCCUCUUAAUAAUGAUACACCGGACAUAUGUCUGUAUAAGGAACUGAACCGCGGCUAGCAGCGGAGGUCUUCAAACCUGCUUGCGUUCGCAUGGAAGCUUGCUGUCGAGUUUUAAACUGCCAGGUGGGUUUAAUUAGUCAACGGGGUCCCAUCCAGAGGACAUUCAAUCCGAGGGUCAACAAGGACGAAGUCUGAAGAUGGACCCCGAGAGUGCCUUCACCAGGGUGGAGAGGACUUUCUGGACAGCUUGGUACUAUAUAACCGGAGCUGUGAACAGAUUCAUCAGGCCAGAGCCCGCUGACAUCGCCAGCAAUGACAUACAGCCCAUCCAGGGAUCUGCGGUUCACAGUGAGCCCGUUAACUCUGGUGAUGCAGAUGUUGAUGUUGGCGGAAGGGGGAUCGAUGAGGAACAGCCUCUUGCGACAGCCUCUCUGCUUAGCUCAUCUCGGCCACUUGUUGCCGGGGAACUUUGCGCCACAGACAUCGACUUAAGGCCUGAUGAAGAAAGCGUGCAGUACACAGUCCAGCCGAACAGAAUCAGCGAGAGCAAAGCAACUGAGGAAGGUGAGGGCACAAGAGAGGAACAGUUUGCCCGAGUGAUAAAUGACGAUGCUGGGCUGCUGGUUGCAAAGGAAGACAAACAAGAAGACAAACCAGAAAAAAACGGAGAUCGGAAAUUGCCCAGUCAAGAUGAGACGCCGGAGAAUGAAGAACAUACGAACACCAGGUCAAAAAGACUUACAGGUGAUGCAAUUUGUGAAGACAUGGAGGAAAGUGGAAGAAAUGCUGGUGCUGAUGAGGUGUCAAUGACAGUGGAUGAACAUCAAAAAAUGGACAAAACCAUCCCAGUGAAGGAAGAAGACGAUAAAAUGGAGCUUGAACAUAAACAAGAUUUGGUGGCGGAAGACAUUGAGGUAGAAUUGUGCACAAUAAAAGAUUUGAGUGUAAAAGAAGAGGAUAACAUGCACAUUGAAGAGGCAAAGUUGCAGAGGAAUGAGACAGAUACAGCGGUGACGCAUGAGGAAGCAGAAUACAGGGAUAGUGUGCAACAGCUGAUGAAGUCUGAUGAAGCAGCAAAACAAGUUGAAAAUCAGCUGUCAGUCUGUAAAGAGUUGUCAGACGACGGCAGAGAUUUCAAGGGAGACCCAGGCUUUACUUCACUGCAUGUUGAAUUGCAAACGACCUACGACAAAAGUGGCAUUGUGCCUGAGGAGGAGGUAAUUGUUGUCGAGCAAGAGCGUGUGAUGACUCAUAGAAGUGGAAGAGGUGUGAAAGAGGAGGAUGAGAGCGUACUGGAUGACGGUGCUGUCAUUGAGGAAGAAAAUAUGAAUGAGACCGCAAACAACCAGACAACAGAUGAAGGGCCAGAGCAGGAAGACGACAUCGGAACAGUUACAGAAGACAGACAAGAAGAAGACAAUUUUUCUGAACUUGAAGUAGUCACACAGAAUGCUAAAACAGAGCCACACACAGCUGAAUUUGCAGAUGGAGAACAAGAGGAUGUGGCUAAGGACGCCGAAGUGCAAACUACAACAAGAGAGGCUGAUGAUGUUGAGACAGAAAGUCAUGGCACCGUGAUCGAAGAAAAGUCUGAUGUGACAACGGCUCACAUUUGUGUAGAGGAGAGGCUUUCCAGUGAAGUCCGUAACAAAGAAAAUAGCAUGGAAAUAGGAUGUACAACCACCUCAGCUACGGAAAAAUCUGAAGGCGAGACUAGACAGGAAAUGACUGAAAAGCUUAAAAAUAUUCCCCAUGGGAUAUGUGAAGGCCGGUUUGUUGUUUCGCAAGAGCUAAACUCUCCAACAUGUGAGGAAACACAAGAGGGAGUUCCUGAAUACAACAAUGAGCCUGGGCCAGAGGAAAAUACAACACAAAGGUUCCUGGAAGAAGGAGAUUGCGAGGAAAUCCAGGGCAGCCAAUUACCAGAAGAGGUGGAGAGCAAAGAGCCGGAGAACCUUCAAAACAGUGACUUUAGCACCGGAGCUGACUAUUUACUGGUGAGGGAGCAUAUGGAAGAGAAACGAGAAAGCCCACGAGAUAUAACGGGUAGCUUUGAAGCUGGAUUGCCACACGAAACAGAGAAACCACUUGUUGAAGUAGUAAUUCAAGAAUCAGGACAUUUACUUGCGGAAGAGGAAGGAGAAUUACUGGUCGACUUAAUGAAGACGGGGAUUGAACACUUGAAAUUUGAGUCAGACGUCGGCUUACCAGACGAGAGCGACAAGGCACAAGAUAGGCCUGAAGGGCUUUUGGUUGAAUUUGAAAUAGACAAAGAGCUACAUGAUUCCAAAGCUGAUGCUGCUGGAAAUGGCAGUGAGACGCCAGGAGCUGUAACAGCAGAGGAAGAGGUUGGAUUUGCUGAUGAAACUUUGCUUGAGGUCAAAGAACAGAAGAUGACAGAGACUAGCUUCUUUCAGGAAGAGGUAGAUGCUAUAGACUCAGAGCAAAACAGCACCAUGACUCCUAGUUCACUAGAAGACAUUAUUAAAUCUGGACUCCUGAAACAGUCGGCUGAGACUGAGCCUGAAUUACUUGAAGAUGUAGAAAUGCAAGAUGUAGAAAUGCAAGAUGCAGGGAUAGAUAUGGAAGAAACAGGUAAUGGAGUGGAGGAGGAUGCAGGAGAAGAUGAAAAGCAGAACAAAAAUGAGUUGGAGUUUUUACAUCUGCAGGUAGCAGGAUUGGCUGAAUCUGAAUCGUAUAGACCAGUUGAGUCACUGCAGAUGGAAAAUCAAUUAUCAGACGAAGCACUUGAGAUAAGCAAUGAGGAGGGUUUAACUGAAGCAGCAGGUGAAUCAAAGACAGCCGAGUCCAAACGGAGAGAUUUGACUUUAUCAACAGAAGAAGUGGCAAAGCAUGUGACAGAAUUGGAGGGGAGUUGUGCCGAAGAAACAGUUUGCUCAAUCAUUGGCCAUCAGGAUGUGAUCGAUGAAGAAAUCCUCGAUUUGUGGAUGCAGACGGUGUUGUCGGAGGACACUGGUGGAAUAAAACACCAAGAAGAGCCAGAGCCUGGACACCAAAUGGAGCCAUCGAAUCAGGAACAAGAUGAAAUAGCAUCAGUGCAGACAGAGAAGGAGAAAGAGCAGCUUUUAGAGUUAAAUUCAAGGGAAUCUGAGUUAGUGAGUGACACAGAAAUGUCUUCAUCAACAGUAGAGUCUGGAUUUUUGGACCAGUCUCUCAGUGAAUGGGGCAUACAAAACAGUGAAACUCAGCUACUGAAAACAAGCAGCACUGUGUCAUUUCCAGGCAUAUAUGACAUGUUGGCUAAUGUGUCCGAAUCAGCAAACAUCUCUGAAUUGUCUCCACAACAAUUUAACUCUGGAUCUCCAGAUAAAUUGAUGGAGAAAGCAGCUGAGACAGCGCAGUCAUAUCUGAAAGAGGAGGAUUUAAUCACUGAGAGAGGAUUUCACCCUGAUACAGGAGUCACAUCACCAGAGGCUAGACAUCUGAAUCAGGAGUCGGAUAAAUCACAAGAAAAAACAGAAGAAGUGCAGACUAAGACUGGAUCACAGAAAGAGGUUGAUGCUGAGGUAACUGAUUGGACAGACUCUAAAGAAGCAGAGUUUAAGCCAAUGACAGAAAUGAGCACUCUAUUCAAAGUUGAGAAAACAAAUGCUGAAGAUGAGCCUCUUGAGAUAACUUUGUCUGACUCUCUAGAUCAAAUCAAACCCACUGAAUCAGGACCAUCUAGAAGCAUAUUAGAGGCUUCGUUCAAGGAGGAAAUAGUUUUGACGGAAUCUGGUUUACAAAGCGACACCUGCACUGAAUCCAAGAGCAAGAUGCCCUCCCUGGACAAACCACAACCCGGAUGGUCAGAAGAUAUUGCUGAAUCAUUACCUGGGCUAAACAGGGCGGAGGUGGCAGAACAGCCAACGACAAAGUCUAAAGAUCAGAUAGAGGUGGACACCGUUGCGCUUGACUUUACUGUGCAAAGGUCACGAAUUUCUGUUAAAAAUCCUCGUGUAAGGCCACCCAAAGAUCCCCGCUCCCUUCUACAUAAGCCCUCAGUGGAUCCCACACCCUCUUCACAUGUGUCAGCCAAAGCCCCUGCAGGUGUGCCUCUGAGAGGAUUGGGCAUUGGAAUCAAACUGCCUGGGCUUGGUGCAGGUUUUCCUGUUUUAAAAAAGACACAACGGGUAGUGAGCGAUGAAUGUAGUCCAGAAACCCUCUCACAGGAGACAAAACCAGAGGAGAAGAGUGACGCUCCCAAACAGGAUGAGGCACAACCUAAACCUAAGUGGAUGACACCAAGACAUCCAGGAUUUGGAAAUCCACUGAUGUCCGAGCUGAAGACCAAACUGAAGAAAACCACAAAAGAGUGAGAAGGAGAUUAAUUGUAAUGCUGUGUAUGAUUAUUUGAAUAUAAUAUAGAAAUGGCUUUACUUUGGUGUAUUUAUCAAACUGAAUACGUGGAUGUAAUGUUGUUGUGUCACU